AUUGUAUUGUUUAUUUUUUAUUUAUUGUUUAUUAUGAAUCGUUUAUUAUUUAUUAAUAUUAAUAUUUAUUAUUUGUUAAAUUGCUAUGAAUGAUAAAUUAUAAUUUUGAAAUUUCAUGCUUAAAAUGGGAAAGUUACCCUCUUUGUGGGACCAAUAACAGGUUAUAUGACGUUUAAAGACAAUUCGGGACAAGAAUAUAUUCAAAUGAAUGGUAGUGAGAUAGAUUAACAAGUAAACAACUAACAGAAGCAAACGAAAAGAACAGCUAUGGGGUUAAAGACUGGGACUAAGACUGAGACUUGUAUCACUGUUAUUGGAUCGUUGAAUUAUGAUUUGGUGACUUAUACAUCCGUUUUUCCUAAAGUUGGAGAGACAAUUGAGUCUAAUGAUUUUGAGCCUCAUAUUGGUGGGAAGGGAUUGAACGAAUCCAUUUCAAUAUCCAAAUUGCUAACUAAAUCAGAUGAUGGCAAAGAUAAUUAUGGAAAUGAGAAUGUUAGUUUAAGAUUGAUUGGGUGUGUUGCUGAUGAUACCUUUGGUAAGGAGAUUUUAGGCUAUUUGAAGACUUUUAAUCUUAAUUAUGAGUAUGUGAAAAUUUUUAAAAACAACAAUGUUAAGGGCGAUGAAAUAAUCAAAUAUAAGACACCCGUUGCAGUGAUAUUGGUUGAGGAUAAUAUUGGUGAAAAUAGGAUCCUAUUUUAUCCUGGAACGAAUAAUUAUUUAAAAUUUGAUAAUGAAUAUUUAAACGAAUUGUUUUUGAACGGAAAUGGGAAGAGUAAAAAAAAUUUGAUAGUAAUACAAAAUGAAAUUCCCGAUUUUAUUAAUGUGAUUAAUUGGGCUGACUCUAAUAGAAAAAAUGAAGAUUAUGAGAAUGGAUAUAAUAAUUAUCAAGUUUGUUAUAAUCCUUCGCCAUUUAAGGAGAUUAACGAUUUAAAAUUUUGGAAGAAAAUUGAUUUGUUAAUUAUGAAUGAAAUUGAGUCAAUAAAUCUAUUUAAUUUGAUAAUUACUAUUGAUUCUAAUUUAUCAGAAGAUCAUAAACAAGAGUUGAUAAAUCAAUUCAAUCAAAAUGAAGCCAAUGGAAAUGAUAAAUUGAAACUUUGUGACUACAAAAAGUUGUCAAAUUUUUUAUUUGAUUACAUUAAUAAUUCUGAGGGCUCCUUAAGUUGUUUGAUUGUAACUUUAGGAUCAGUUGGAUCGAUUAUAAAUUUCAUUGAUAAUGAGAAAAAACAACUUUUUCUAAAAUCCAUGAGUCUUGCAAGAGAAAAAAUUGUUGAUACAACUGGAGCCGGCGAUACGUUUUUCGGUGCCAUAAUAUCCCAGAUUACAUUAAAUGAGAAUUUCCAGAACAAUAAGAAAUUGAACACAAGCGACUACAAAAAAUUGGCCAGGAGCAUCGGAAAGCAUGCCCGGUCUCGAAGAAGUUCAAAGCCAUCUUGGCUCGGCCGUCUUUGCAGCAUUCAAAACUUCCGAACACGUCGAAUAGAUGAGUGUCCACUGCAUCAUUUGCGGCAGAGCUACUCCGGAACAAUAUCUUUACAACGAUAGAACCACGUCGACGGAACCCGUAUCCACAGCUUCGGCGGCAAGUGUUCGUAGAUAACCGCCCUACCUGCUGUGGUCACGGGACAAAAUUGGUCCGGCCCUGGGCGGAAUUUGCCCAGAAAGCGCUGGGCAUUUUUGCUCGGUGGAAGGAAAAGGUGGGAGAAGAAGCAGAAGAAGGAUGGGAGACAAAACACAGCCAUAUACAUUC